CAUCCUCCUCCUACGCUGUAACCACCACCGGGAGACAGAGCAGAGGUUGAACGAGUCAGCCGAGACUUGUGGACACCGCCGUCCGCCAUGGCUUCGACUCCCUCCGCCUCAGCCCUCACUUCCGUGCUUCGAUGUCGCGGCACACUGUGGACCAGGAAUCCGCCCAGCAAGAGAAGCUCCCCCUCGGCGUACGGCCCAGCGCUGCCCGGCGGAACUCGGCGCGACUCACUCGGCCGUAGCAAGAGCGUUUUGUCGGCGUGCCGACUAUCCGUGCGGUACGAUUCACCACCGUGGGAAGGCGGCGGGGCCCACCCUUUGAGAAAGCCGAGGAGAGGGGUCCCGGAGGCGGGCUCUUACGCAGCGGCGCCCAGCGGCCUCGGAGCGAGCAUGGGACGGCCCUUAGGUGCUCGUCAACCAGCCGCUGGCGUCGUCGUCACACGGCUGCUUCGACCAUGUCAAAUGAAAGUGUUCGUACGGGACGCGUGUGAGCAGCCCCAGUGCGGGGUUUGGGGAGUGUGCCGUGACGGUGGAGAGACGACGCCGUCUUUCGUGGAAGUCAGACGGUUGACUUUGAGGAGCACCUGCCGCUCUCUCCAACUUCUGCUGACCCACGUUGUAUUACGAAGGCUGGCCAUGCUCUGCGGAUGCGCUAGGGGACGCCAUCGCAAGAUUAAGAGAGAUGAUUCCCGACAGAAACCCCCCAAAAGCGGACCUGACUGAUAGUCCAAGGCCUUGAACUUGACACACUGUGACCUUAUUUAUUGACUUUGUGUGUGUGCAUGUGUGUGUGUGUGUGUGUGUGUGUGUGCGCGUGUGUGUGUGCGCGUGUGUGUGUUUGGAAUAUUUCAGUAAACGCCCUCAACAUGAGGUCCAGAACA